GCUGUGGAUACAAACCCUUUAUCUGUGUACAUUAUGCAGCCCAUCUGGAACAUAAUUAUUAAGAUAGUGCCUUUGUGGAUUGCUCCCAACGUGUUAACAUUCUCUGGAUUUGUCAUGAUUUUAGUUAAUUAUUUUCUAAUAUCUUUCUAUGAUUGGGACUACACUGCCUCAGGCACGAGUCCUGGACUUGUUCCCGCCUGGGUGUGGCUGUUCAGUGCUUUUACUACGUUUUGUGCUUACGCUUUAGACUCCAUAGAUGGGAAGCAUGCUCGAAGGACUCAUUCCAGUACUCCUCUGGGAGAAUUAUUUGACCAUGGGCUCGAUAGCUGGGCUACCUCCAUUUUUGUGCUUUCUUUUUUUUCUGUCUGUUCCCGUGACAAUGGGAAGACUGGAGUUUCUGUAUAUACAAUGUAUAUAUAUUUAAGUAUUGUUUUGUUUAACUUUAUGUGUUCACACUGGGAGAAAUAUAACACAGGAGUUCUUUUUCUUCCUUGGGGAUACGAUAUAAGCCAAGUGGUAUUAAUUGCAGCAUAUCUGCUCACUGGUGCUGUUGGUGUAGAAGUCUGGCAGAAGCCUUUCCUGUUCGGUUAUUACAUCACAGAUGCAUUAGUAAUCUUGCUUAUAGGCUUCAGUUUAUUUCUUUCAUUUCCGCAAACACUAUACAACAUUCACAGAGCACAUUUAAAGAAAACACUGAAGAAUGAUUCUUUGUAUGAAGGACUCCUACCUCUUGUGUCACCUCUGUUGCUGUUCAUUCUUCUUACAGUCUGGGUGGUUUUAUCUCCAGGCAACAUAUUAGCAAAGCAACCAAGAUUGUUUUUAUGGAUGGUUGGGGUUGCUUUCUCAAACGUUAUUUGCAAGGUGAUCGUCUGCCAGAUGAGCAGCACCCGGCCGGAGCUCUUCCACUGGUUCCUCUGCCCGCUGGCGCUGGUGGUCUCGGCGGCCGUCUCUGGGCUGCUGGGCUGGACGGAGGAAGCGGUGCUGGCCGCGUUGGCCGUGCUGGUCACAGCCGCCCACGUGCACUACGGGGUCUGCGUGGGGAGGCAGCUGAGUGAGCACUUGAACAUUUACAUCUUUUCCUUGAAGAAGCGUGUCCAAGAGUGA